UCCAUCUCCAUGACGUCACAACGUCCACGGCAUUGGUCUCAGCCAAGCUGGACAGACGCGGCCCGCCGACCGAACCACUGGUCACACCCAUCUACCACACGAGCACCUACGUGCUGGACAAGAUGGCGGACAUCGUCCCUGGCAUUGUUGAUGGCGGGUCCGUCUAUUCUCGCUUAUCCAACCCGACCACGGAAACAACCGAGGCCGUCAUCAACGCCAUUGAAAAGGGGGCGGGAUCUCUCACAUUUAGCAGCGGAAUGGCGGCUACCACUUCCGUUCUCUUAGGAUUUCUCAAGUCUGGUGAUCACGUGAUCCAGCAGAUUCCAGUGUACCCCGGCACGGGAGCGGCUCUCAAAAUGUUGAAAGAUUCUUUCAGCCUCGAGGUGACAACUGUCACAAGCGUGACAGUGGAGGAGGUGACACGUCACAUACGGCCCAACACAAAGAUGUUGUGGAUUGAGACCCCCUGUAACCCAGAUAUCCAUACUGUCCCCAGAUGUUGUGGAUUGAGACUCCCUGUAACCCAGAUAUCUAUACUGUCCCCAGAUGCUAUGUUGUGGAUUGAGACUCCAUGUAACCCAGAUAUUUACGUAGUUGACGUAGAAGGUCUGACGCAGCUGGCCAAAUCAAAGAACAUUCUAGUAGCUGUGGACGGGACUUUUGGCAGCCCGGCCCUGCAGCACUUUAUGCCCCUUGGUAUCGACUUCUCCGUCCACAGUUGCACGAAAUAUAUGGGCGGCCACUCUGAUCUGAUAGGUGGGUGUGUGACGACACGGACAGUAGAGCAGUGGCGGAUCUUGAAACACAUGCAAGGUUUGCUAGGCAACAUGCUGUCCCCCCACGACGCCAGCCUGCUACUGAGAGGGCUGAAAACUUUGUCCCUGAGGAUGGAGAGAAUCAGCGAGAACGCCAUGAAGGUGGCCACGUACCUGGAGCAGCACCCUAAGGUGAAGAGAGUUAGCUACCCUGGCCUCCCCUCCCACCCCCAGCACAAGAUAGCUCAGCGGCAAAUGUCAGCCUACAGUGGGAUGAUCAUGGCUGAAAUCAGAGGCGGAGAAGCUGAAAGUCGCACAGUGGCGGAGAACCUUCGGAUCGUGCGACUCGCUGUAUCGCUGGGUGGGGUCGAGAGUUUGGUGGAGCACCCGUUCAGCAUGACCCACGGGCAAUACCUGAUGACCCCAGAGGAGACACGUGAUAGUGGUAUCACCCCCGGCAUGCUAAGGAUCAGCAUUGGUAUAGAGGACGCCGAGGAUCUAAUCAAAGACUUCGAACAGGCCCUCUCUAAAACUGUCCUGGAUCCACGGGUUAUAAACGGGAGUUAAUUAGACCGAGUCAUCAGCUAUCAUACAACACUCGAUGUCCAUUUGUUUUGUAAUAAUGGUGCAGUAAUGUUGUAGUAAUAUUGUAGUCAUGUUAUAGUAAUGUUGUAAUACUGUUGUAGUAAUGGUGUAAUAAUUUUGUAGUAAUGGUGUAGUAAUAUUAUAGUAAUGUUGUAGUAAUAAUGUAGUAAUGUUGUAAUAAUGUUGUAGUAGUGUAGUAGUAUUAUUGAAAUAAUGUUGUAGCAAAGUAGUAAUGAUGUAAUAAUGUUGUUAUAAAGGUGUAGUACUGUUGUAGUACUGUUAUAACAAUGUUGGUGAAAUAAUUU